GCGAAUCUCGGAGCUGCACAUCCUGUUCUAUUUUCGAUUCUUUAAAUAAAAAAUAGAACUUUGCCCAACGACAUUUAGAUUUCUGGAAAAAUAUCUGUAAAUGCACGAUCCCAAAGGAAGCCCUUUGAACAUCCCUUGAUCACUGGCCCGAAAAAAGAGAACACCUAUUGAUCACCAGAGAGAGAUAGAGAGAGAGGGUUGCGCGCAGAUUCUCUGAAUUCGCAAAAUGGCUUCUCGGAGACGCAUGCUUCUCAAGGUCAUAAUCCUUGGUGACAGCGGGGUUGGAAAGACAUCUUUGAUGAAUCAAUAUGUGAACCGAAAGUUCAGUAAUCAGUACAAAGCAACCAUCGGGGCAGAUUUCCUUACCAAGGAAGUCCAGUUUGAGGAUAGACUUUUCACUUUGCAAAUAUGGGAUACAGCGGGGCAGGAACGGUUCCAAAGUCUCGGUGUUGCUUUUUACCGUGGAGCUGACUGUUGUGUUCUUGUAUAUGAUGUGAAUGUGAUGAAAUCGUUCGACAACCUUAACCACUGGAGAGAGGAGUUUCUCAUUCAGGCCAGCCCUUCUGACCCUGAGAACUUUCCAUUUGUUGUGUUGGGGAACAAGAUUGACAUUGACAGUGGCAACAGUCGUGUGGUAUCUGAGAAGAAAGCGAAAGCAUGGUGUGCCUCUAAGGGAAACAUCUCUUAUUUUGAAACUUCUGCAAAAGAAGGUUUUAAUGUUGAAGCAGCUUUCCAAUGUAUAGCCAAGAAUGCUCUUAAGAAUGAGCCUGAAGAAGAACUCUACCUUCCUGACACUAUUGAUGUGGGCGGUGGACAGCAGCAGCGUUCUUCCGGUUGUGAAUGUUGAAGAGCUUUAGAGUUUGGAUUUGCUGAUCUCUCAAGACAAGACUUGCAAAAGAUGGCCAUCAUUUUACUUCUGCUGACUGUGAAUCGUCAGUUCACUGCCGGUUGUCGGGAGUGCCGUGUAUAUCACUAGCAAUGUUCAUCAGUUUAGCAAAAUACAUUUGCAGUUUCAUCGGUUCCAAAGUCAUGCGGUGUGAAAAUGGUUGUGUAUUAUCUCAAGAAUCUGAAGGCUAUGGGUCAUGCAAUCCUGUCUAUUUUGAUUAUUCAGAUGUUCCAAGAGAUGUACACUUCUUUUCCAUCUCACUGGCGGUCAUUGCUUUUCCAAUCUAACCCUUCUCCGG